AUGGAUCAAAAACAAGAUGAAAAACAAAACGAAAAACAAGAUGAAAAACAAGAUGAAAAACAAGAUGAAAAACAAGAUGAAAAUGAAGAACAUAAUUCUAGUGAAAAAAUUGAUACUGCAAAAACGGUUUUCAACGGAGUUGGAACAAUAACUGAAAUAUUUAAACCCUUCGUACCAUAUAUUGAGAUCAUAUUAAGUGCUGCAAAUGCUAUAAUUAAAAUUUAUGAAGAUGCUAAAUACAAUAAAAAUAUUUGUUUAGUGUUUGUAGAACGAAUGAGGAUUGCUAAAUUCAUUAUCGAAAGAUUGACAACUUCUAAAGAAUCUAAUAUAGAAAAGUUUCAAGAUCAAGCUUUUCUUGAUGCUCUUGUAAAAUUUAGUAAUAUUGUUCGUAGUAUAAAAAAAUUUGUUUUAGAUAUUUCUCAAAUGAAUCAAAGAAAAAGAUUUUUUAACGCUACUGAAAUCAGGGAAAAUAUUGAUAAACUUAGACAAGACUUUAAUGAAUCAAUGAAUGAUUUACAAUUUUCAAUUAUCGCUAACCAAAUGAUUGAUAAAGUAGAGGAAAAUAAAAAAAUUGAAAAAGAUCUUAAUAAGAUGCAACAGUAUUUAGAAAAAAUAUUAGAUUGCGUAGAAACCACUGCUGAACAUGUACAAAAAAUUGCUAUCGCAAAUGAAGUGCUCAAUAACGAUUCUAAGAGUAAUGUUUGGAACACAUUUAAAGCUCCACAAAUUGUUCCUAAAGAAAUUACUGAUCCUAGAAGAGGCGCAUCCCAUGGCAAAGUUAAGAAAAAGGUUUAUUUAGCAAUGGACGUCGCUUGUAAACCAUUCGAGAUUUUGAAUAAUGAUUCACCACAGUUUCACAAACAGCAAGAACCUAAAAUAACAAAUUUUGAACUUUGCCGUAAAACGGGUCAAGAAACAACUUAUAUCGACAAUCCUAUUGAAAUGUUUCCUUGGAUGGCUCCAGAGAAGAUGAAAGGUGAACCGUAUACUCAUAAAUGUGAAGUUUAUAGCUUUGGUAUGUUGCUUUGGGAACUUGCAUACCAAAAGGUCCCAUAUGAAAAAAUUCAUUCCAAGCAAUCUAUUAGAAAUUAUGUGAUUGAAGGUGGCAGAGAAGUUUUUGAAAUUAAAUCUGGUGCAUUACGUAUUCCUAAAGCCUAUACUCAAAUAAUUGCAGAUAGAAAUCCUAUAAAUCGUCCAAACUUUCAAGUCUUGCUUGAAGGUUUAGAUAAAUUAUGUAAAAAAUAUGACUCUACCCAUGCUGGUGACUCAGCUCUUGAAAUAGUUUCUGAAGAAAAUAAUUACUUGGGGUCUGAAAGUUCUACAAACUCUACAGUUCGUCCCUUAAUUGGUUAUGGUCGAUUUAUUUCAGGCGAUUAUCAUCGUUGGAGGUGA